GCGCACGCAACCAGGCGCGCCCCCUCCCGGCCGCCAUGUUGGAUGGUGUGUGGGUGUCAAACCUAGGCAGACGCUGUGGCUGCGAGCGAGCUGGGCGGGUGGCCCCCCACUAGGCUCCAGCUCCCUCCCUUCGUCCCCUCCUCCCCCUGCGCCCUGUACUCGAGGGCCCCUAGGCUUCCGGCGCGGGGGGGGACCGGAGGAGGAGGAGAAGAGAAGAAGGUCAUGGCUUCCAGCUUUUUGCCUUUGAGACUCAAAAGAAAAUGAUUUUAUAAGGUCUUUGCUUCAGAUCAUUCACUGAAAUAGAACUUUCAUAGUACAUAAACUUGCUGGCUACCAAAUUACUUCUUUUUGAAGGGCUUUAAAAGUAUAACAGAAAGUAAAAAUGACGACUUCGUCUAUUAGACGGCAGGUGAAGAACAUUGUGAACAAUUAUUCAGAGGCUGAAAUUAAAGUUCGAGAAGCAACCUCCAAUGAUCCAUGGGGUCCUUCUAGCUCUUUAAUGACUGAAAUAGCAGAUCUGACUUACAAUGUGGUGGCAUUUUCUGAAAUCAUGAGUAUGAUCUGGAAACGGCUAAAUGACCAUGGGAAGAACUGGAGACAUGUGUAUAAGGCCCUGACCCUCUUGGAUUACCUGAUUAAAACUGGCUCAGAACGGGUAGCACAGCAAUGUAAAGAAAAUAUAUUUGCUAUCCAGACACUAAAAGAUUUCCAAUACAUUGAUCGAGAUGGUAAAGAUCAAGGUAUUAAUGUAAGAGAGAAGUCUAAGCAGCUGGUAUCCCUUCUGAAGGAUGAUGAGCGACUUAAAAUUGAGAGGGCCCAAGCCCUGAAGACCAAAGAGCGAAUGGCUCAGGUGGCCACUGGGGUUGGUAGUAACCAGAUUACCUUUGGUAGAGGUUCCAGUCAGCCCAACCUGUCGACUAGCUACUCUGAACAAGAGUAUGGCAAAUCUGGAGGUUCCCCAGCAUCUUACCAUGGCUCACCUGAAGCUGCACUGUGUCCCCUGCACCCUGCAGGUGCCCUAUUGAAUCAAAGUGAGGAGCUCCAUCAGCUGAAUCACCACCAUCACUUCCUGCAGCACUUUGGGUUUUCCUCCCAUCCAAAUAAUGACUGGUCCCAAUCCUGCUUAACUUGUGAUCUCACAGCCCAAGGUGCUACCUCCCCUCGUGUUUCUUCAGAGCUGGAACAGGCCCGACCUCAGACAAGUGGAGAAGAGGAACUUCAGCUACAGCUUGCAUUAGCAAUGAGCAGAGAAGUUGCAGAGCAGGAAGAACGUCUCAGACGUGGAGAUGAUUUAAGGUUACAGAUGGCCCUGGAAGAAAGUCGUAGAGACACUGUUAAAAUUCCAAGAAAGAAAGAGCAUAAUACUCUGUUGGAUUUGAUGGAUGCCCUACCCAACUCAGCUGCUGCCCCUCAGAAAGAAGAACCAUGGGGAACAUCAACUGUAACUAACCAAACUGACCCCUGGGGAGGAACUGCAACUACAUCUGCUACUUCUGACCCUUGGCAAUCAUUUGGUGCCAAUCCUGCUGUUCCUGUUGACCCAUGGAGGGCAUCUGCUGGAUCCUCUACUCAGUCACUUCCAAAGAACACAGAUCCAUGGGUACCUUCCCAGUCAGCUAGUGGAGUAGCAAAAUCUACCACAGAUCCUUGGGGACCAACAUCCACUAACAAAACAAUUUCCACUUCUGGAUCUUUUGAUCUCUUCAGUAACUUGAAUGGUACAGUUAAAGAUGACUUUUCUGAAUUUGACAACCUCCGAACUUCUAAAAAGACAGCUGAAUCCAUUUCUUCUUUACCAUCCCAAAACAAUGGUACGUCAAGUCCAGAUCUCUUUGAUUCUCAACCUGUGAAUUUGGCCUCAAGCAAACAUAGUGGUGCUCGGAAAACACCAGAGUCUUUCUUGGGACCCAAUGCAGCCUUAGUGAAUCUGGACUCUCUAAUAACCAAGCCAUCACAACCUGUUCCUUCACUGAAUCCAUUCUUAGCUCCAGGUUCUUCCACAGCAUCAACUCCGAUCAAUCCUUUCCAGGUAAAUCAGCCUCAACCCCUGACAUUAAACCAGAUGAGAGCAAGCCCCAUCAUGGGAACAAGUCCUUCUUUCAGUACUAUGUCAUCAAUGAGCAUGGAGCCAAUACCUCUGCCUUCCAUGGCACCAGUAGCUGUUGGAAUGGCACCAGUACCAUCUUUGGGCAAUGUGACAUCUCUGACUAGAAUGGGCCAAGGGAUAACCAUUUCAGGAUCUAUGUCCCAACCUCUGCAUAGUACAGGAGUUCCUCCACCUGCAUCCCAGUCCACAAGUACGACCAACCCUUUCCUCCUAUAACAUCCCAGAUGAACAGAGCUUCCUUUCCAGAACAUUUUGCAGAUUGAAGUCUUCAUUGGAGUAAAAUGAACAAAACUCUGUUUGGACUGAAUGGUGUGCAAGAGAUUUGAACAUAAAUUUGUGGUUUACAGUCAUGACUUUGAGAAGAAUUGGCCUCUACUGGUUCAUCUAACUCUAGGCUUGGCAGAUAGUCCCUAAUUUCAGUUCAUCAGGCAUUUCUUAAAAUGUUCUGAUGACCCAGAAGUGAAAUUGGUCUGUCCGUAUUGGUUAUCAGUACCCUCUGGGGAGAAGCCUGCCAUUUCAGCUCCCUCUAUACCCUUUUGCAGAUGUCAGAACAAUGUGCUGUAUUCUAAAAUUGUCCCCUGCAUUAGUCAUUUCUCUUAGUCAUUGGAGAUAUAAGACAGAGUGCUAGUGACCGCUUUUUGCACAUAACUAUACAGUUCCUGACUGUUGGUUCACCCAUAGUCCUUAUUCUUAGGAGAAUAGUUGGGCAUACAGAAGACCAGAUUUACACAUCAAACUUUGCCACAAAAAAUCAUGCCACUUUCUUCUCAUAACUUUGGAUGCGGAAAGCAGGUUUGCUCCAAAACUUCACUUGAGAGUUCUUACACUGUCAAGCAUAAGAUGUGAUGUCUGCAGUGUUAUACACUACUAUAUGGGGACUCUUAGUGACCUUUCUGGGGAUGGCAUGCUACACUCGUGCUAAAUGAGGCUUCCGCUCUGUGCUUGUCCAGUAGUGACUCUUUUUGAAAGUUAUUGUGUGUAUUUUAUUUUUAUUUGACUUACCACGUGAGUUGAAAGAAAAAAUACAGUGGAACAACUCUUGAAUUAAAUUCACUAGGGCAAGCUUUAAAACUAAUUCAGGCUUAACCUUGCUAUAUGCAGUUAUUCUUGUAUACUUUUGCACAUAUUUUGUUUUUAGUACAGUUUCAUAUUUGAGUUUGCAAAAUUAUCUAAUAGUCCUUUUUGCUAACAUUUUUAUAAUGUGGUUCUUAUUUAACUGUCUAGUUUUGAUAGAAUUUUAUCAGGUGUGGCUGAAAUUAAAAUAUUGGCAGUUGUCAUUUUUAUGGUUUAAAAUGCUGUCUUAUUUAUGGUUUUUAGCUCUGUUUCUGUAAGGGAAUUUUAAAGGAAAGAAAAACACUAGAACACUUUGAACAACAACAAUUCAUAAUGAAAAAAAGCAAAUUCUUGAGACUUUGUAGAAAAAAGAUGUGAAUUUGAUUACAAUUACUAAGAUGACAUUUAUUUAAAAAAAAAAAACAGCCUCAAGUUGCCUUUUCCUUUCUUCCCCUUUUUGGUAGUUUUCCAAACUGAACUGACUUUUAGCCUUUGUAGGUAGAUCAUGAAAGAGGCUAUUUUUCUUACUAUAAUAUCAACAUCUUGAAAUUUUAAAAAUUCUAAUGUAUGAAUGUGACUCUAAAUUUUUAUCAACUAAUUAUUUUUUACAAAAGGCACUUUCCAGGUUAACAAUUAGUUCUCUUUACAACUCUUGAAUUGUAAGUUGAACAACACAUCUUUAACUCUGCAUGAGUUUGAUUUCAUCUAUCUUAAUUAAUCUUUGCUUGAGUUAAAGAUGAUUUAAUAUCAUUUGUAUACAAAACUGACUUUCUCCACUGUGGGCAGCCUUUUUUCCCCUAAGGAUUUUAUUUUCAUUCACCACCUUCCAAAACUCCACAAGUUACACUCAAAGGUGCAUGUUUAAGAGUUCUGAACCCAACUAAGUCUCUUAUUAGAGCAUUGCUGAAUUGAGCUAAUGUCAGUGUUGGGAAGGGAGACGGGGGAUGUCAGAACUAGAUUUGCAGCUGUGCUCUUACAGUGUAUAUUGAAAUAACCUAAAAUAGCAGGACAUAGAAGGAAGGUACAGUAAACAGGGGAUUGAGCUGUGCCCUUUAGCCAAGGUUCAAAAAAUAGUCCAAACUUUACUAGUCACUGAUGUCAGCCCUACAGGUUGAAGUUAACUUCAGAGUCCUCAAAAUAAUAAAAAUUUGGAUGUUAACAUAUGCUGAUCCUUCUACCUAUUAAUCUUGAAUCUAUAAAGGCAGAUUUAAGAAUGCUUAUCUGAGAUUUUACAGGAGAAAAAAAAGCUUCAGUAUGUUAUCAACAAAAAUGCAUUAAUGUUGUUUAUGCCCUGCCCUGUUAUCCCCACUUCAAUUUAAUUAAUUUUUUUUAAUUUAGGUGUUGUAGACCAGAAGCAACUCACUUCUAAGAGUAGGAAUUUUCUAGGCCUUGGUAUUGGCAUAUGAAAAAUGCACUUCCCAGUUGAGCUGUGGCAAGAAGGUUCAUCUUCUUUAUUCUUUGGGUUUGGUUAUUCAUAAAUUAAUUUCUCAUUUUAAAAAAUUCUUCUAGUAUAUACGAAGUUUUUAAGUAUGUCAUUACAGGUUCAGUGGAUUUUUAGUCACAUAUUUAUAAGAGUAUUAGGGAUUUUUUUUUUCUUUUCAAAAUAACUUUCUCUUGGGAUCAGGGAGAGUAACUGAUCUUUACAGCUGAGAAUAGGGAACACCAUCAUGGAGUGGUAUGAAUAAAAGGCUGUGGGUCUGGGAGAAUAGCUUGCAUGCUCUUAUUUGAAACCAUUCAACCAAGCCACUUUAAAUACUCUCUACCACUUUCUUUCUCUCUUAGGAAAACAAAAAUCACACUUCUUAAUUACUUAAGCAAUUAUGUCAGGCAGUGUUUGUGAGCUACUCAGAAGCCAAUUUUGGGUGAGGGUAGAGGGGAAACAAGAUUGUCCCUACAAGUUCCAGGGCCCUGAUUUCAUUUCCAACCUGGAGCAACCUCCGGCCGUUAUGAAAUAGUCUGUGGAAAAGAUUCAGCCCAUAUGCUUAGUAUUGCCAGAGGUGGCAGACCCAGGCAGCAUUAGCUGAUAUAAAAAGGUCCAUCGUAUUCAAGUUUUAAAGCCAUUUCAGGAUCUUAUGCUACUUUCCUCUGAUGGGCCAUCAUGUAAGUGAGUUCUCCCUUUUCUUCUCCUUUAAUCACCUUCCCCCCCCCCCUUUUUUUAUUAAAAUGUUUUGUUUGUCUCUUCCCCUCUUGGAUUUUAACUUUCCCAAUAAGGUGCUUUGGUCAGAUAUGUUAGGGACCCAAAAAUAGCCUUACUGGUCAAAUUGACCCAAGUUCAAAUAGUGUUAGUAAUUCUUUUGUAUUAAAAAAAAAAGGCAAAAAAAAAAAUCUUGGUAUGACUUUGAACCCUGAAGUGUGGUCAGUUAUUUAUUUGGUCAGUUUUAUACUCUAUAGAAACCACAGUGUGUGCUGGAGGAGGCCUAGGACAGGGGGAAAGGGAAGGGGAACCUGCCGGUCGGGGGUGGGGCUUUGGGUGGGUGGGUUCCAUCUUGUGCUGUUUACAGUCUUUCUGAGCUCACGAAAUCCAGCUCAUGAUAUUCUCCAUCUUCCCUUUUGCUGUUACUAUUUCUAAUGUGUACUGUAUGUAUUAAUAUUGCACAGAUUGUGGAAAAAUUAUAUGGUUUAUUUUUCACAAGUGGAAUCUCACACAAACCUUGCUUACUUUUUACAAGUGUUACACCUGAAAUAUUUACCAAAUUGUUUUCAUAAUCCUGGAGCAGGCUGCUUUUUUGAAUUUGUGCUGACUAUUGACACUAUUUACUGUAUAAAUAUAAUUUAUCAUUUGUAUCAUAAUGUUAUGUAUCUCUCUGUGUCAUUUUUUUUUUACCCUGAAGAUGUCAUACCGACAUGUUUAAUGCCAGCAGAACAGUGGAAAGAAGAGGGCCUGUAGCUGCACUGGUCAGAAUUAAAAUUGUAUUGCUUACA